GUUGUUACCAUAGGUAGUCUGUGUAAUUCAUCCACACAAUGUGAUGUGAAGUACAACAUUACUCAGGCACUGUGGCCAGAUCACUGUGUGAAGAACACGAACGACGCUGAAUUUGCUGUAGACAUAAACAAAGAAAACAGUGAUAUCAUCGUAAGAAAGGGGUACCAUUGUCAGAUAGAUUCCUAUUCUGCAUUUUUCGAUAAUGGUGGAUUCAGCCAAACAGAGCUUGAUGCCAAACUGAAGGAAGAAAAUAUAGAGACGGUCAUUAUUACUGGUCUGGCGUUGGACUACUGUGUUUAUUAUACUGCUAAGGAUGCAAAGAAGCUAGGAUAUAACGUAUAUGUUGUACAGGAUGCCACAAGAGGUGUAUCGAAUGUGACUUCGGUUGGUGCCAUUACAGACAUGGACUCGAGAGGUAUUCGCAUGGUGCUGUCCAGUCAGCUUACAGCGGUUAUGGAGAAUCUCACAAGCGCAGGGUUUAUUAUGCAGAGUCCUUGUUUUUCUUGGAAAACAAUAGUUUUCAUUAUUAUUGGGUUAUUUUUGCAUAUGUUGGUACCUCUCUAA